UUGUAGAUAGCUGAGGGUAAUUGUGGGGACUUCACUUUCGAUUUCUUCAGCAGUAAUGAACGAGGACAUGAACACGCUAUUCCUCAGGGCACAAAAAUUAACAAGGUCAGAUGACAAAGAAAAAUCCCUUUACGAUUCGGUUACUGAUUAUGUGUUUACCUUUGGUUCAGCUCAACACCGAAAAUGCGUACAACUUACGUAGUACUGAUUCUUAAUUUACAAGCGUUCUUGGUCCUACAUGUAACAGGCAUAACGAUUUGGGAAAAUGAACUCAUAAAGAAAAUAUUCCAACAAGACCCCGCUUUCUGUUUCCAACCUUUUAAAGCCUCAGACUGUGCUGGCUCACAUUGGAUUUCUUCUCCCAACAACUCGAGAAAUGCUCACGAAUCCUUUCUUAAACCAAAAACUUUGUUCUUUCUUUUCACGCCAAAAAACCCAUCCAAUCCAGAGUUUCUACAUUUAUGUGGUGGGAAGCUUCCCAGCAACUCCAAUUUCGACCCCCUGCACCAAACAGAAGUCUUCAUUCAUGGAUAUUUGGACGGAGUUUGCAGAUCAGCAUGGAUGAGGGUAAGUGAAAAAGUAUUUGUGAUCUCAUUACCAGAAGUAUCCUUAAACCAUGCGAAGAAAAACCAUGAAUUCACAAGCUCAGAUAACAGAGUAAGGUUGAUUUUAAUGUCAGCAAUAACAUUUAUCACAAAGCCCAACAAGGCUUAUAAAUUAUUAGCAAAUAAACCAUGCAAACUUGAAACAAUGUUAAACUUAAGUAUGUAACUCUACGCGCUAUGAUAUUAGGCUUGCAUUGAUUUGUCGAUUGCGAGAUUGUAUCUGUAUUUACAAAACAAGUCUAGAAAAACCUUCUGCAAAUGAGGAUGAAUCGCAAAUCUAGUGUAGAAAGAGUUCUCAAACUGCGGAUAAAUUCACUUCCUCAAUGUUAAUUUUAGAUUUUAUGAUGAUCACUGAAACAAGAUUUUCGCUCAUGCUUUCAUGUAC